GUGGUGGUGGUGUGGGAGGAGGGAGAUGGGGUCGAGGGCGGCGACGACGGCGACGGCGACGAUCGCGGCAGUCACGGUGGUGUGGGUGUCGUGGGCGGCGGUUGCUGCUGACGCAAGCGUCAGCAGAGGUGGCGGCGGUCGCGAGAGAGAAGAGGUUGAGUACGACGGAAGGGCUUUGAUAAUAGAGGGGGAGAGGAGGAUGCUCUUCUCCGGCUCUAUUCAUUACCCGCGCAGCACUCCUUCUAUGUGGCCAUCUCUCAUAACCAAAGCCAAGGAAGGUGGCUUAGAUGUGAUACAAACAUAUGUGUUCUGGAAUGUUCAUGAACCCAUCAUAGGACAGUAUAACUUUGAAGGGAGAUAUGAUCUUGUGAGAUUCAUCAAAGAAGUUCAUGCUCAGGGCCUUUAUGUUAGCUUGAGAAUCGGCCCUUUCGUCGAAUCGGAGUGGAAAUACGGAGGAUUCCCAUUUUGGUUGCACGAUGUUCCGGGCAUUACGUUUCGGUGCGAUAAUGAACCAUUUAAGUGGCACAUGGAAAGAUUCGUAACGAAAAUUGUCGACAUGAUGAAGUCGGAGGAGUUGUAUUACCCUCAAGGAGGCCCCAUCAUCAUUUCUCAGAUCGAAAACGAGUACCAAAUGGUCGAGCCUGCGUUCCAUCAACGCGGGCCGCCUUACGUUCGUUGGGCAGCAUCGAUGGCCGUCGCCCUUCAAACCGGCGUUCCCUGGAUGAUGUGCAAACAAAACGACGCUCCCGACCCAGUUAUUAAUUCCUGCAAUGGAUUGAUAUGUGGAGAAACAUUUGUAGGGCCAAAUUCGCCAAAUAAGCCAUCAUUAUGGACGGAGAACUGGACAACUAAAUAUCUAGUUUAUGGUAAGGAGGCGAAGUUCAGAUCAGCAGAAGAUAUUGCAUUUGCUACUGCACUCUUUAUAGCGAAAAAGAACGGAAGUUUUGUGAACUACUACAUGUACCAUGGAGGAACGAAUUUUGGGAGAUCCGCCUCUUCCUUCGUCACAACAGGCUACUAUGAUCAUGCUCCUCUUGAUGAAUACGGUCUUAUAUGGCAACCUACAUGGGCUCAUCUCGGAAAAUUACAUGCUGCAAUAAAGCUAUCUUCUGAGCCAUUACUUUGGGGAACAUAUACUAACCAAUCAUUUAGCCAAUUCCAAGAGGCACAUAUUUUUCAAACGAAUUCGGGAAAGUGCAUUGCCUUCCUGGUAAAUUUCAACAAGCAUCAAAUUGCAGCAAUCAAAUUUCGCAAUACGACUUUCGAAUUGCCCGCCAAAUCGAUCAGUGUGCUAUUAAACUGCAGAAAUGAGACCUUCAAUACUGCAAAGGUGACUGCUCAAAAUGGUACAAGAUCAGCAAAGAUAGUGGAUCAUCUGAAAAAUGCAGAGAGAUGGAAAGUAUUCAGCGAAGAAAUCGCGAGCAUCAGAAAUGCGGAAUUUACUACUAAUCAACUCCUUGAACAAAUGUCCACAACAAAAGAUGCAACAGAUUAUCUCUGGUACUCUGUUAGCUACAAUCAUACGCCAUUUUCCGGUCAAGAGUUGCUUCAGGUUGAGUCGAGGGCGCACGUCUUGCAUGCUUUCGUCAACAAUGAAUUUGUAGGGAGUGUGCAUGGGAGUCAUCAUGGACCACCACUCAUUGUUCUUGACACACCCAUUCCUCUAGUCCAAGGACAGAACAACAUCUCAUUGCUGAGUGUCAUGGUUGGUUCGCCGGAUUCAGGGGCUUAUCUCGAAAGAAGAUUCGCGGGUCUCCGGUCGGUAAGCAUUCGACAGAGAGCAGCUGCAUCUCAGAAUCUUAAUAAUCAUCAAUGGGCAUACCAAGUAGGAUUAGUCGGAGAGAAGGAACAAAUUUACUCUGACAAAGGAUCAGAGAAUGCGGAGUGGCGAUCGAUUAAGAACUCUACUAAUAAACCCCUUAUGUGGUACAAGACCACAUUCGACGCUCCGCAUGGCGACGAUCCUGUCGCGCUAAACCUUUCUAGUAUGGGAAAAGGCGAAGUGUGGAUCAAUGGAGAAAGCAUUGGAAGAUACUGGGUCUCCUUCAAAGCAUCCAAUGGACAACCUUCUCAAUCUCUGUACCAUGUUCCGCGGUCAUUUUUGAAGGAUAAACAAAACCUUUUGAUCCUCUUUGAGGAAAUAGGCGGCGACCCUGUUGAAAUCACGGUGAAUACAAUGUCGGUUACGCGAGUUUGUAGUCGAGUGAGUGAGACUAGUACACCAUCAGUAUUCUCAAAGAGUAAGCAACCAAGUGUUCAUCUUCAUUGCCAAGAAGGUAAAAGAAUAGAGGCUAUUGAGUUUGCGAGCUAUGGAAACUCUUUUGGGGAUUGCGAAGGUCACGGCGUAGGAAGUUGCCACUCAAAUUCAUCAAAAUCUGUCGUCGAGAAGGCUUGUGUAGGCAAAUUCAGCUGUUCAAUCUCUGUAACAUCCUCGAUGUUCGGAGGCGAUCCAUGCCCUGGAACAGAGAAAUCUCUUUUUGUUGUAGCAAGUUGCAGUUGAUCUGCACCCCUGGAUAAGUAAGUUCAUCUAAAGAAGAUCACUCGGAAACAGCAGGAGAAGCAGUGUACUGAGAUAAUAAGAGUGCAGUUCAUAAAUAGUGUGGUGUUAAAGUUUGUGAAAGCUCAAAGAGGUAACUAAAAAAAGAGGGUUUCAGAUCAAAGAAACUGUUGUAAUUUGCAAAUUAAAUGGCCAAGUUUCUCAUUAUGUAA